AUGUCGACGCGACGAGGAAGAGGACGACCUGGUGGCACUAACCCAGAUUUCCUUUGGGUCAACCGGACCCCAGACUCUGAGAGACUCUCCGCCACCCGACAAGAGAGAGAGGAACUUCGAACCAUUACUAGCCAUGCUCGUCAAUGGCGGGCUGCACUGCGACGUCAACAGAGGCUCUACAGUGCCCAAACUGAGGCGACUCACGCGCAGAGCAUCGUGGGCUGGGGAAGGCAAGGUAACCUCUCCGAGACCAGCUCUGCCGAGACAUCUGCGGCUCCUUCACCUGCCGCAAUGACACAGAUCACAGGAAAUUCAACUGAUCCAUUCACCUAUCUCGAGUCGCCGGAUGAUGCGUGGUGGUCGCAUAAUGCGUUCAGGUACGCCGUCGAGUCGUGGCUGCCGGCAGUGUUUCGGGACUUGGACGUGCUGGACGAGGCAAUAUCAAGCUCUGAAUCCUGUCUCGCGACCAUCGAUCGAAUCGUCCAGGGUUGCCUUGAAAACAGGAUGCACAUGUUCUCGCUGCUCGCCGCAAGCACAGGAUUUCUAAAGUACGUGUUGCGGCUCCAGCUUGACCGACGUGACUCGCCCGAAUAUUGCAUGGGCAAAGCUCUUCAGCAUUUGCGACACCAUCUGGCCGGUGCACCACAGCCUAACGAGAGUCUCAUAUUUGAUCUCAAGGCGUUGUCGACGUUUGAAAGAUACGUGGACAAUUUCGAGGGAGCUAGGACACAUCUACGGAUGGUUCAGCACCUUGUUCAAUCAGUCGGAGGCCUUGAGAUCCUGGAACCGCCCAUGCGUCUGGUGUGCUGGCUGUGGGAUCUGUUGGUAGCCGGCGGGACUGGGGAGAAUCCCUUGAUGCCUCUUACCUGGGAUCCUGGCAUGCUGCCACGCCAGCAAAUGCGAGACGAAAUACUUCCGGCUCUGGCUCAGAGCGGAAUCAUCCCCAGUGGCGCCGGUCUGCUUCAGUACGGAUCAUUGGUACAACAUGAAUUGUCGCCCAUCCUUGUCGACACGAUACAGUGGUUCCAAGUGCAGCAAUUCAACCGGAUCCACAAUUUCAGCCGAUCUCCCAUUGAGCAAUGGGCUACGAGAAGAGCAUAUGCCAUCGUCCAUCGACUACUUUCCAUGGCACCGAGUUCUCCAGGAGACGGAUUGCAGGGCUUGCUGUCGGAGUGCGUCAAGCAGAGCUUCUUGAUCGUCAUAGCGGACGCGGAAGCUGCGAGGAGAUCCCGAGUACAGACUGAACCGCCCAGAAAUCCUACUAAUUACUCCUGGUCUGCUGUUGGUCGCCUUUGCCAGGCGCUCUCGGCGCUCGUGGAGUCGGAGGAAGACUGGCGGGACCAACACGAGGAAAUCGUCCUUUGGAUGGCGUGUCUAGGUGUCCAGGCUACAUCGACAACCACGUCUGAGUCAAUUGCGCAACAUGAACAGACAGCGCAAGCAGCAGCGGGCCCCUCGGUGCCACCACCCAGCGAAGAGGCAAGCCCUCGAGAGUGGCUUCUCGGAUUGGCAAGGCACAUAUUCUUCGAGCGGCGGAACCGAAAUGGUGCAUUGUCUUCGCAUCCGCCUGCAGAUGACGACCUAGUACAACUCAUGAGCCGCUACCUCCAUAAAUGCGAACCAUCUGGACGGCCAGAUAUCAUGGGACUCGAAGAAGUGCUAUCUCCGUGA